GAUGAGCAGUAUACUGACAUUACUCAACUAUUGUUCACCAAGGCCCAAAAGCUUAAAGUUGGUACAGUUGUUAAAUCUCCAUCAUUCUCUUUAUUUGAAGGUACACAUGCUCUUGAAGUGACUAAUGAUAAAUUGGAUUCAGGAUUGAUCGAAUUGAGUGAAGAUGAACUACAAUUUGAUUUCAAAAAAGGUCGUUCAUUGAAAGAAGUGUUGCAUAUUAGUGAUUAUAUAUUUAGAUCGGUAUUUGUAUGGUUGAACAAUGCUUCAUUACCUGUCACAGUGUUCAGUUGUCGUUAUGUUGAAAAUAUUUUGGUCAACUAUACCAACAACAUCAGGGGUGGGUUGUCUAGUUGUAAAUUUUAUGAUCCAAAGGAAACUAUUGAACAAGUUUUAAGGAGUGUUGUAUUGGGGGUUUUACAUUUUGUUAGAUUAAGCUUGACGUUAGGACAAAGUGGUGUUGUCUAUGAAGAAGAAGCUAUAAACACUCAGAAUAUGAAUCUUGAUGUCUUGUCAUUAAUCGGAUCUGAUCAAGUCUUGGGAGAAAUUAUAAGUUCAAUCAAUUUCUUAUCAAAACAUUUUGCUGGAGAAAAAGAUGCAACUUUAAUUACCAACAUUUUACAAAUAUUAAAGAAAUUGAUUGAUUUACCGUUUUUCCUUAGUGUUAAAAUUCCAAGAAACUCAAAUGGUAAAACUGUUAAUGUGGAAGUUUUAGACUCAUUAUUGAGAAAUUGUGCAUUGCUACAACAAAACCUUGACUAUUUAAAUGCACUUGAUGAAAUUCCAGGUUUAUUUAGUCUGGGGAUACAAAAAAGGCUAGAUAAUAGAUCACCAACAAGAUCGUUAAUAUCGCCAAAUCAAGAAGAUUACUCUUCAUUAGAAUUGAUGUUGAACGAUUUUAAACAAAUAUUUGAAGUUAGAUAUAGAAGUGAUAUUUUAGAAUUGAAAAAUUAUACUUUGAAUUUUGCAAAUAAGUCUCAUCAUACAGUUUCUCGUGCAUUUUUCCCAUUGUUUUUAAUAAGAGAUGAUAGAUCAGUCCUUGGUGAUGAACAAUUUGAUGAACUAUUAAUGGAAGAUUUAUUAACUUUUACAUGUUGUGAUGCCGCUUUAUUCAAUACUGAUAAUCUAGUUGCAAAAAACAAAGUUAAUGGCUUUAUGGAACAAAUGAAUAUUGCAUAUUUUGAAUGGUAUAGUGCAAUGAGUCAAAAUCCUUGUCGUCAAAGACAACAUUUUUCAAGAGCAAUAGUUCUUUUUGACACAUUACAAGCUAAUUCUGAAGAAUUGGAAAUGGAAUUAGAGAAUGUCUUCCAAAUCAAAGAUCAUUUUGAAGACGAACAAGGUAAUUCAAUACCAGCAUUGCCAAUUUCUUCAUGGGUUUAUUAUCAAAAGUUGUUUAUAAUGUUGCAAGUUGUUCUUAGAGGGUUUGAAUUGGAUGUUUAUAAAAUCUGGGAAUAUCAAUCAAUGUAUUGGUAUGCAAGUUAUUUGAUUGAUCACAUUGAAGCUUUAUUGAAUAGAAUUACACAAUACAAUAAUUAUAAAAUUGAAAGUAUUAAAGAUAUGAGCAAGAAAUUGAAAAAGAAAUCAGGUGAACAAAAGGCUAGAUAUAAGGAAAAAUAUCACUUCAAAUUGGAAAACAUUUUACCAAUUUUGGAGAGAACAAAUGAAGUUAUCAAGAAUUUGAUAAUUAAAAAUCAAAUCUUUAGAGGAAUUUGCCAUUUACAAUUAUACAACUUGGAAUCCCUAACUAAGAAUGGCUAUGUUAAAACUCCUGAUUUCCCAUUCAUCAAAGAUGAUUCAAUUUUAUAUGAUUUAAGAAUGAAACCAUUCUCUACAGUUGGAGUUCCAUCAUGCCCAACAUUUGAUGAUUUCACAAGAGAAAUUCAACAUAUAAGUAUCACCAAA